UUUUCGCGCCCGCGGUCAGCAGGUCCUUGGCGCCUCUAAAAGCGACAGCGACGCGUCCGUUGCUCACAGCAGCGGCCAACAUGCGUUCACCUACGGUCAUCCUCGGGUUCUUCCUGCUGCCGGCGCUGCUGGCCGGAAUCGGCGCUGGAGCCGCCGAUCUACACAGGCAUCCGGUUCCUGGGCUGAAAUGCACCACGUCGCCGACAUCAUGUCCCGUCUGCCCGCAGUACACGGUGCCGACCGACCUUUGCGAGUACCGCUUCGUCGCUCGUGUCAACACGUUGACUCCAUUCCACAAAGUCGGUGAGCAGUCUCUGUGCGGACAACUGAAGGUGAAUUCCGUCCUGGUUGGACCUGAAGAUGCGGUCUCUAAGACGGCCAUGGUGUCCCUCAAGGAAGGAUGCGCAUGUGCAACAGCUCUUCGUGGGGAUGACCGGUUCUACGUGCUGGUCAAGGAGGUACCGGACGUCAUCGCAACCAAGCCGACACAAGUGGCCCUGGACGCCAACGUGACCGUGCUGCCUUACACGUUCCAGCAGGCGAGGGCGCUCCACGAGCAGCUGAACGACUGCAGCCAGACGGCGCAAAAGCGAAGCGACUACGGCUACGGCGGAGGUAGUGCCUACACCUCCUCCUCGUAUAUGGUCAAGACGAUCAAGUACUACUACCCCGCACCCUCGUACGACUAUGCCAUGGCAAGCUACGCGGCACCAAGCUACGCUGCUCCAAGUUACGCCGCCCCCAGCUAUGCGGCACCAAGUUACUCAGCCCCAGCAUACGCUGCUCCCGCAUAUAGCGCGCCCGCCCCCAGCUACAGUGCGCCUGCCUACUCGGCUCCCAUGUACAGCGCACCAGCGCCGAGCUACAGUGCACCUGCAUAUGCUGCCCCCAGUUACAGUGCCCCAGCCUAUGCCGCUCCUAUGUACAGCGCACCAGCUUAUAGCUACAGCGCUCCCUCGUAUUCAGCGCCAAGCUACAGCGCCCCUGUGUACGCGGUUGCCAGUUACAGCGCACCGGCUCCUAGCUACAGUGCUCCAUCCUACUCUGCCCCCAGCUACAGUGCCCCUGCCUAUGCCGCUCCCAUGUACAGCGCACCAGCACCGAGCUACAGUGCUCCCGCUUACUCUGCACCUAGUUACAGUGCCCCUGCAUACUCCGCUCCCAGCUACAGUGCACCUGCAUACUCUGCUCCCAGUUACAGUGCACCAGCGCCUAGCUACAGUGCUCCUUCUUACUCUGCCCCUAGCUACAGCGCUCCCGCAUACUCAGCUCCAAUGUACAGCGCACCAGCGAUGAGCUACAGUGCUCCUUCUUACUCUGCCCCUAGCUACAGCGCCCCUGCAUACUCCGCCCCAAGUUACAGCGCACCUGCAUACUCUGCUCCCAGUUACAGUGCACCAGCGCCUAGCUACAGUGCUCCUUCUUACUCUGCCCCUAGCUACAGCGCCCCUGCAUACUCCGCCCCUAGUUACAGUGCACCUGCAUACUCUGCUCCCAGUUACAGUGCACCAGCGCCUAGCUACACUGCUCCUUCUUACUCUGCCCCUAGCUACAGCGCUCCCGCAUACUCAGCUCCAGCUUACAGUGCUCCAGCACCUAGCUACAGUGCGCCCGCUUACUCUGCCCCUAGUUACAGCGCCCCUGCAUACUCCGCCCCCAGUUACAGCGCACCUGCAUACUCUGCUCCCAGUUACAGUGCACCGGCACCUAGCUACAGUGCUCCUUCUUACUCUGCCCCUAGCUACAGCGCGCCCGCAUACUCAGCUCCAGCUUACAGUGCUCCAGCACCUAGCUACAGUGCGCCUGCUUACUCUGCCCCUAGUUACAGCGCCCCUGCAUACUCCGCCCCCAGUUACAGCGCACCGGCACCUAGCUACAGUGCUCCUUCUUACUCUGCCCCUAGCUACAGUGCUCCCGCAUACUCGGCUCCAGCUUACAGUGCUCCAGCGCCUAGCUACAGUGCCCCCGCUUACUCUGCACCUAGUUACAGUGCACCUGCGUACUCCGCUCCCAGUUACAGUGCACCGGCACCUAGCUACAGUGCUCCUUCUUACUCUGCUCCCAGUUACAGUGCACCCGCACCUAGCUACAGUGCUCCUUCUUACUCUGCCCCUAGCUACAGUGCUCCCGCAUACUCCGCUCCAGCUUACAGUGCUCCAGCACCUAGCUACAGUGCCCCUGCUUACUCGGCACCUAGUUACAGUGCACCUGCGUACUCCGCUCCCAGUUACAGCGCCCCAGCCCCUAGCUACAGCGCACCUGCAUACUCUGCUCCCAGUUACAGUGCACCUAGCUACAGUGCUCCUUCUUACUCUGCCCCUAGCUACAGCGCUCCCGCAUACUCCGCUCCCGCUUACAGUGCUCCAGCACCAAGCUACAGUGCCCCCGCUUACUCUGCACCUAGUUACAGCGCCCCUGCAUACUCCGCCCCCAGUUACAGCGCACCAGCCCCUAGCUACAGCGCACCUGCCCCUAGCUACAGCGCACCUGCACCUAGUUACAGCGCCCCUGCAUAUUCCGCCCCCAGUUACAGCGCACCAGCCCCUAGCUACAGCGCCCCAUCUUACUCUGCACCUAGCUAUAGCGCAGCCACUUAUGCCCCUGCUAGUUACAGCGCUGCCUCUUACGCUCCCGCCGCAUACAGCGCGCCUUCGUACGCCGCUCCUAGCUACAGUGCCCCGACCUAUGCCCCAGCCAGUUACAGCGCCCCGUCCUACGCACCCCCCGCCUACAGUGCUGCCUCGUAUGCCCCGGCAAGUUACAGUGCGCCGGCCUACAGCGCACCAGCCUACAGUGCGCCGGCGAGCGCCGACAGCUACGGAGGUGCUGACGACAGCUACAGCGGUGCCAGCAGCUACCCAGCGUCCUCGGUCAGCUACACGUACGUCACGUACAUGCCUCCCAUGUACUCCGGUGUCAAGGGCUACGAAGGCAAGCAAAAAAAGGGCUCCAGGUACGGUGGCUACGCGGCCACUAUCCGCUACGAUCCCACGUACGAGCCAAACCCCGGCUAUAAAGCCCCGGGCUGGUACGUGCCUCACGUCAAGCAGUACACGGCCCUCAAGCGUCGCGAGUCCACGCAGCCCAGGUCUGCCGAGUACGAAGUCCCAGUUGGCUACACUAGGACGACGCCGUUUCUUUUCGGCAGCCCUUACUCAGGAAACCCUUAUGGGAACGAGCCCACGCUACGGUAUAAAUCUCGUGUCUCCUACGACGCAUACAGAGCCCACGACAGCAACAAGAAGAUGAACUUCGGCCUGGCGGGACGUCCUUACUUCACAGGUGCCGAUCGCGCAGUUUAUCGAGGCUUCGGUGGAUACGGAAGCUUGCCUCCCGUAGCAGAGGAAUAACAAAUACCCCUUUCAUAAGGUGCACGGUGAUGAUGAAUACAGAAUUUGCGAGUCAAGGUCGCAUAAUAAACCGCUGUCACCUGUC